AUUAAAACAUUGACAAAGACAACAGUUAACACAGCCUGUGUCAUGUUAUUACACAACAAUGCCCAUUGGCAGAAAUGGGUCAAAUAUCAUUCUCAGCACUCUAUUAAAUUUGUGUUUGAUAGCAUUUAUUGCUUUCUGGUGCAGAUCUGUUUCUGGGAUAGAGUGUGGGUUCCUGGCACAACAUCACCUAAGGUGCAUGGAGAAAGGAAAGCAAACUUUAAAACUCUAGCACCACUUACAGUAUUAAGAACAACUUACACGUUUUGGCAUCAGAAAAAUCAAACAAGUUGAGUAUGGGAAAAUGUGGAAAGCUGAGUAGGAUUUUUUGAGCCAGAUCUCCUUUAAAAACCCAUGAAUGCUGUUGUCACAAAGGACAGGAAGUGAUGUUUCGCUGGGUCUUGUUUGCUUUGUUCUUUGGUAUCUGUGCCAGUGCCGGAGAACAGAAAAGAAAGAAAGCGAAGCCUCAGUCGCUGUCAAGAGGAUGGGGUGAUAGUAUUAGUUGGGUCCAAAAUUAUGAAGAGGGGCUGUCUAUGAUGGUCAAGAGUCAGAAGCCUCUGAUGGUCAUCCAUCAUAAAGACGACUGCCCGUACAGUCAAGCUUUGAAGAAGGCAUUUGCUGCUGAGAAGUCCAUCCAGAAAAUGGCCAAAGAGGAUUUCAUCAUGCUCAACUUGGUGGAGGAGACUGGGGACAAGAAUCUGGCCCUUGAUGGCUACUACAUUCCGAGAAUCCUCUUUGUUGAUCCAUCUAUGACUGUGCGCAGAGACAUUGCAGGAAAAUUCAGCAACCACCACUACACCUACGAGCCUGGUGACAUGGCACAUUUGAUCAAAAACAUGAAGAAAGCCAAAAUCCUGUUGCACAAUGAACUCUAACAUGGCUCAAGUUGACAUCUGACUUCUCUCCAUCCUCCAGUCAUGCUGGGUAACCUGCUCAGGGGUCAGCACUGAAAUGUUUACAUGCUGUUCAGAGCUAAAUAAAACCAAAAUGAAGAAAUAGAA